AUGGCGUGGUCCUCAAGCUCUCAAAGUCGUUCCUCAAGCAGAGGAGGUUAUGGAAGUGGAUACGGAAGCGGGAAAGGCUAUGGUCGUGGCAGUUACAGAGGUUUUCGUGACGACUCCCGGGGCUUCCGGGACAACUACGACCGAGACGGCUACGGCGGUUACAACGGCUACAACCGGAACGAGGGCUUCCGAAGGAAUCGUGAUGAUCGUGGCUACGACCGAAGCUUCAGUCGAGGCCGUGACAGCUACCGUGGCCGCAACGACUAUGGUGGUCGCGAGAGCAGUCGGGGCGGCUACGGCGGCUACCGCAGAUCGAGGAGUACCGACGGCUAUUUCGAUGACGAUGACUACGAAUAUGAUGAUUUCAGAGGAGGCUUUCGAUCGGCCGUCCCAAGUCGGCCGUAG